AUGGAGGAGGUGGAGCUACGCGCGUUCCAGCGCGAGGUGCUGGAGCUUGCGCGCGAGAAGAACGUGGUGAUGGUGGGUGACACGGGUAUCGGCAAGACGUUCCUGGCCAUCGCGCUGCUAUCCGAGCAGGACUAUUCGGGAGACAAGCGCGCCUUCUUCAUGGCCCCCACGCGCCAAUUGGUGGUGCAAAUCACGGCAAAGAUCCGCCAGACCAGCACUCUGCGCGUCAAUUCGUACUGCGGACGGACCGCUGACCUAUGGGACGCUACACAAUGGGAACGUGAGCUGCAGCUCACGCGCGUCUUCGUGUGCACGCCCGAGAUCGUGCGCAACGUGCUGCUCAAGGGCUACGUGUCGCUUAGUCGCAUGAAUUUGCUGGUAUUCGACGAAUGUCACCACGUGACUAAGCGCCACCCGUACGCGCAGGUUAUUAAGAUGUUCAACCAGGAGAAUUCAGCCUGCAUGCCCCGCAUCUUUGGCACCACCGCUUGCCCCACACGCCACUGCGCUGAGAAGCUCCACGCUGAGAUGAAGAAAGUGGAGCUGGACAAGAGCCAGAUCGCCGAGUUCGCAGCAGCAGCGCCGAUGAUCUACGAGACGUACUCGGUCCAGAAACCGUGGGCUGUGAAGGGGGAGGAAGCGCAAGAAGACCCAACAAAUGGAGCGUGGAUCUACGAGAAUAUCGAGAAGGAGUUGGCGGAAGUCAAGGCCUUGGCGGUGUUCGAGAAACUCGUCAAGAAGGGGAAGAGUCAUGCAGCCACAGACCCGUCCAAGCUGGAAAAGGCCACGAAGAAGUUCAUGCAAAACAGUAUCACGGUGUACAAGAACCUGGGCCCAUGGUGCUACUAUCGCUUCGUGGAGCUGGAGAUCCAUCGUCUCGCCAUUGCAGCAUCGUUGUUGAUUACGGUACCCGGCAGUAUGUUUGGACUGGAUAGAGACGCCGUCAAGACCAUGCUACUGCUGGCUGGGAAGCGAACUAGCUGCGAGUUUGCGUGUACUGCCAAAGUAGAGAAGGUGGAGGAGAUCUUACGUGCACAGCUGUUCGAUGAGGAUGGCAAGGUCGAAGAAGUCGCUGGAGCUGAAUUGGACAAUUCGGACGUGUCAGACAGCGACAGUGAAGCUACGGAAGAGCAGGUUGUCAGUGCAUCCACUCGUGCAGAAGGCGAAGGAGAACAGAACCGAGACAGCAAUGGAAGUCGUCUGGGUCUGCAAGGAAUCGUCUUCGUGGACACACGAACGGAGUGUCGUGUGUUGUCGGACUUUUUCAACGAAAAGUUUGCAGUAUCGACCAAAGACGCCGAGGAACCUGAUGAGGAGGAAACAAACGGCAAAAAUAUGGAAGAAGACCCUGUGGACGAACCGUUUGCGAGCAUCCUGGGAAGAGCAUCACGUAGCGACACGGCAGCCUUUCAACUGGACAAGAUGGAGACCACACUGAAGAAGUUUGAGUCUGGAUCAAUUCGUGUGUUGGUGUCCACGGCCGUGUCGGUGGAAGGAGUUGACUUUCCCCAAUGCGGACUAAUUAUUGUGAUGGAUCGCGUCGGGACUGCGCGCAAAUUGAUGCAGUUAAAGGGACGAGCACGUCACGAGGAUGGCGUCGUGUACUACUUGGCUGAAGAAGGAGACUUGGGUCACGAGGUGUACUACAAACAGUUGACUCGUGAAGUGGAGGUGAUUGACCAGCUCGAGUUCUCGCGAGAGAAAGUUGAGACGAUCCAGCAACAACCGCGCUCGAUUGCAGCCGAGAUGAUGGGGGCUGGUGUCCACAAGAUCGAGAUCGAAUCCACGGGUGCUGUGCUGGAUUUGGACAGUAGUAUCACCUGUAUUAACCAGUUCUGUCAGUCGCUACCCACGCGGUUGUUCACGGUGGAUGCGAAGCGGCUGUACACUAUUACGGAGGCUCGUUAUGGUGGCAAGAGCAUGUUCACAGCUGAGCUAAAUCUGCCGAUGGAGCUGGAGCUGGAGACGUUCCGUAGCGAUCCCAUGCCUUCGAAGGCCAGUGCCCGAGCAUCGGCAGCAUUUAGUGCGUGUCAAAAGCUCUUGGAGCAGCAGUUGAUCGACGACUCGCUGAAUUCCAUCUACCGCACCUGCAAGGUCAAGUCGUCGUCGAAUGUGCGCGAUCUCAGCUACUUCCUCAACCGCCUGCACACGUAG